CUCUACCACCUCAAGGCCCAAGCACGAUGAACCUCCAGCGUGUACCUUACAUCUGCUCGCAGUGUACGGUGCAGAUCAUCCGAUCUCCACUUCGCCAUUCACGGCAUCGUCUUCUUCCGCAACAAACAUGGCAGCGACGUCAUAAUAGUCAGUCCGUCCAGACAGAUCGGCCGUCCCGUGUUGCCAUUGUAGGUUCGGGACCGGCGGGCUUCUAUGCAGCUUAUAGGUUGCUGGCAAAAGUCGAAGAUGUGGUGGUCGACAUGUAUGAGAAAUUGCCCGUGCCUUUCGGAUUGGUGAGACAUGGAGUAGCGCCAGACCAUCCGGAAGUUAAGAAUUGCGAGGAAAAAUUUACAGAAGUCGCAACAUCGCCUCGAUUCAAUUUCAUUGGCAAUAUUGAACUUGGCGAAAGCCUACCUCUUCAGACGCUUAAGCCACACUACGACGCUAUUUUGUUCGCGUACGGAGCUCCGAAGGAUAAGGAACUGGAUAUUCCCGGAGAGAAAGCUUGUAGGAAUGUAUACUCGGCUCGUGAAUUUGUCGGAUGGUACAACGGUCUUCCCGAACACCGCGACCUCGCACCGGAUCUGACAGCUGGCGAAAAUGCGGUGAUCAUCGGGCAAGGCAAUGUUGCGCUUGAUGUAGCGAGAAUCUUGCUGUCAGAUGUUAAUGCCUUACGUAAAACUGAUAUAACGGAUUAUGCCGUGGAGACCUUGGCCAAGAGCAAAAUUAAGCGGGUUCAUGUGGUUGGCCGUCGAGGCCCGAUGCAGGCUGCAUUCACCAUCAAAGAGCUUCGCGAGUUGCUCCAGUUACCAUCCGUGUCGUUCGAGCCGGUCCGUAAGGAAUUGUUCCCGCCGGACGAUAUCAUGAAUGCCCUCCCCAGAGCCCAGAAACGGCUUAUCCAGCUCCUUGCAAAGGGAUCCAGUAAUGAUCCAGCAACUUCUGCAAAGUCUUGGUCUUUAGAUUUUCUCCUGUCACCGGAAUGCCUCAACUGGUCCCCAGUUCAUCCAUACCGCCUGUCAGACGUUAAGUUCUCCCGCAAUGAGUUAGACCCUGCGGGUCCAUAUCUUCCUACCGCCAAGGUGACGCCCAAGUACCUUUCCAGCGGUCAGCGAGCGCAGGUCCACAUCCCCGCUAAUACAUUCUUCCGGAGUGUUGGCUACAAAUCACUACCUCUGCCUGGGCUGGAAGACCUGGGAAUUCAAUUUGACACGAAGCGCGGCGUGAUCCCCAACGAUGGAUUCGGUAGAGUCACUAGCCCUAUGCAUACAGGGGAUAACGAGCAGCUCCCCGAUGGAUCGAUUAUCUCACACCUUCCGGGACUGUAUUGUGCUGGCUGGGUCAAACGCGGGCCUACGGGUGUUAUCGCCACAACCAUGACAGACGCAUUUACAACGGCAGAUGUGGUGGCUGCUGAUUUGGGCAAUGGCCGAGGCAAGGGGUCUCUUCUGAAUGGCCCCGGUCACAGCACAGGACUUGGCUGGGAGGGCGUGCGUCCUGAGGCCGAGAAGCGAGGCGUGCAGGUAACAACGUGGGAGGAUUGGCAGCGGAUUGACGCUGCUGAACGUGAGCGGGGCCAGCAGAUCGGUAAGCCCCGUUCCAAAUUUGGGAGAGUGGAGGAGAUGCUGGAGGCUGUACAUUAAGGACGCGUGUGCGCCAUGAUAGACACGUUACACUGUUUGAAUAGAGCUACUAUCAUAGAUCACGAAAAGAUACCAUCUCCACUUUCGGAAUCGAAUUUAUUGUUAUUAUGUUAUCCCG